GUGACUCGUUUGUAACAAUGCUGCGUGUUCCACUCGCAAACAAAAUCAUCAUAUAUCUCUGUCGUUCAAAUAACUAAUCACAUUCAUUCAUGUGUUUCAGAUAACUUAGUCUUGAAUUAACAUUCAAACUGGGCCUUUGUGGGUUUCUUGAUCAGCAAAUUCAAACCCUUAAACAUGAAGAAUAGAUUUUGGACAUUCAACACUUUGGUGGGUGCUUUUGUUGAUCUGUUCAUUGCAUAUUUCUUGCUUUGUGGAUCAACUGUUGCGUUAUUUGCUGUUAACUUUCUGGGUUUGUUCGGUUUGAGCUUGCCGUCCAAUGGGUAUGGGUUUGUUGGAAUGAUUAGUUUUGAUUACACAAGUUUGCUGGUUGAUUACCCGACUGAUAAGGUGUCCGGCGUUCGGUUUUCUGCAACGAGGAAGUUUCCGUUUGAUUCGAUUUUUGUUUCAGGGUGUGGUGGUUGUGAUUUGGAGGAUGAUUUAUCAGAAGGUGAGGGGUCAUGUUGUUCAAAUUGGAUUACAUGUGUUGAUGAUGAGCAAAGUAAUGAUGGUGGACAGGAAGCCACUUCCAUUCCUUCUGACUGCAACUUUAGCAGAUAUCAUGAGGAUGAUGUACUUAGCGACCCGAAGGCUACACAGAAAAGGAUUCCAGUUAACGAAGCUGAUAAAGACAAGAUGAUUGUUUUAUUAACACGCGAGUUAGAAGAAUCAAAAGCUGCUCGCGCAGCGCUUUAUGUUGAACUCGAGAAGGAAAGAAAUGCUUCUGCAUCUGCUGCAGAUGAAGCAAUGUCCAUGAUUCUCCGUUUACAAGAAGAGAAAGCCGUAGUAAAGAUGGAGUCGCGACAGUAUCAAAGAAUGAUAGAAGAAAAAUCAGCUUAUGAUGCAGAAGAAAUGAAUAUAUUGAAAGAAAUAGUUUUAAGGAGGGAAAGGGAGAAACAUUUCUUGGAAAAACAAGUUGAAGCAUACAGGCAGAUGAUUAGUGUUGAAAAUGAUCGAAUUAAUGGCGGAAAUAAUCAAGAUUUUGUUCACGAUCCUGAUUUGAUGUUACAUCAGCUUAGCAGUUCAAGGUUGUUUGAAGAUAUUGACUUUUCUGAACAAGAAGAGCCUGAAAAAACUAUAGGGGAAGAUAAAGGUUUGGAUAUAACGCCCGGAGAUGCAUAUCGUGGUGGUGAAUCUGGUUCACACAUAUAUGAUGUUCAUGUAAUUGACAAUGAGCCGAAAUCUAGAGAAAAAUCAAAUGGAUAUAUGAAGCAAAGCGAUCAAGAACAGAAUGGUUCAGUGACGCGUGUUGGGCUGCCGCCAGUGAGUUCAAAGAGUAGUUUAAGAAGGUAUUCGACAUCAGCAUUGGAUAAUGAACGAACCAGACUCGAUAGUGAAGUCGAAUGGCUCAGAGAAAGAUUAAGGAAUGUGGAACAAGGAAGAGUAAAACUUAACUUUUCUGUUGAUAACCGGGAAAAGGAAAGUUUGCAGAUGCAGCUUUUGGAGGAUAUAGCAGGCCAGCUUCACGAGAUUCGGAUGCUGACUGAACCGCGGACCGCCUGUCAAGCUUCUCUCCCCCUUCCUUCCUCUAAAGAGGGUUUAACGAAGAUAAAGCGAUGUAGAAGUGUAUCUUCGGUACACGCAAAAAGCUCUUGAAAUGCUCAUCAAGAUCUCAAAGAUUUGAGAGCUUUAAAGACCAAAGGAUUAGAGCAAAUUUAUAUUGUGUUUUUUGAUAUGGUAUAUUGUGAAUAUUAGAUUCAGUUACUAGCAUGUUUUAAUAAACCUUUGGAAG